AAAUGGUAGUUAUUUGGGUGUAGUCGGGGCGAAUUUCUGCGAUGCUAAUGUGAGUACCAACCGGCUGGCUGAGAGAGGCCGUGCGCCGUUUUUGGUCGAUGUUACGCGAGAUUAGUAUGACCGGGUCGGUGAUAACGAGAAUACAAGAAAGAGAGAGAGAGAGCGGAUGAACGGACGACCCUCGUUCUCCCCCUUACGAAAGCUCGGAAGUAUGUAGAUUCUUUUAGCUCUUUGGGCACCAGAAAUUUGAUAGCCAGUUUAUCGGUUGAUAUGACGAGAUAUACAGCCUAAUUCCAAAUUAUUUCAGAUAUGAAUAUUUUAAAUCUAAUAACAAAGACUGCUCAUUAAAAGUAGUUUUGAUCAGAAAAGUUUUAAUUUUUUUGUCUUGAGAAGAGAAUGAUAAUGUGACUCUUAUUACCUUUACCUUAUUACCAUUGGAGCAAAUUGAAUAAGGAGAAGCACAACAAAUAGGUGAAGUUUGAAUUUUGUGAAGUAAAGUUUUAAAUAAAGUUGGUUAUGUGCAAUGCCGAGAUGCUACAAUGACAGCAAGACAGUGAGUUCAGUGAACAGCAAUCACAAACAUAAUACAGACGAUAUUGUAUUAACACACUCACAUGCUUUCCCGAUUGGAAAUCAGUUGGAAGUAGAAGAAGAUCCACCAGUAGUUGAAAAAUCCCACCGACGGCUUCGGUGUGAUCUAAGCCCUGUUCCAACAAGCACAAAUUCUAAUUGCAACAUUAAGUUUCUUGGUUUAAAGGGUGACAAGAGUACUCGUCAGGAUCAUCAGGUGAGCACUGGGGGGCACAGAGAAAGAGAUAGGGAUACUAAAAAGAGAGCAGCUAUAGGCAAUACAGUGCGUGGAUUUCUCUCAUCUGGCCACAGCAGGCAGGACAGGUAUGAGACAAAUAGGCAACGUUCUUCAGGUGGAACUGGUGGUGGUUUAUCUAGUUUAUGUCCUAAGUUGGUGUCCAGUGGAAGUAGUAGCAGCCAAAGUGGCAUCAAUUUGGCAGUGGGCCACUUAGCCUCUCAGGAAACUGGAGGCACUUGCACAGUUGUCACAACUCAAAAGAUUCACGCACAUAAUCAUAGACGCCAAAGAAAGCAAUCUAUUGUCACACAGGCAGGUACUAGUGCCAACGUUACUGGUGAUAGAAAGGUAUUAUCAAAUGUAAAUCGUUCCACUAUCUCUAAAAAGCAAAUACGAACACAGAGACAUGAACAGAAUAUUGAUUCUUCAUCUAUAACUAGUAACGGUGUUGCGACUAAUUCGCCAUCUUCCAAAAAGAAAAUACUAUCUGUUUUGAAUCUAUCCGAUAGAUCAUCUGCCCAAAGCGUGAAUUCAUUAUCCUUAGAUCAUGAAAAUGAUCGUAGUUUUAGUGAUGCUGAAGAAGCACUUGCAGCAAUUGAAAAUGCGGCACAAGGAACAGGAUCUAGUUCUACACCUUCUACGCCAAUUAAUAAAGUGAAGGCGGCAAAUAUCAGCAAAAAUGAAGAAGCAAAUGUGAGACAUAAUAAAGUUCUCGCAGAAUGUAACAAUCUAUCAGAAAAUGUUGCAGAUGUACAACACAGAAUUUUAAAUGAGUUUGAACAAGAAGAUGCUAUACCAGUAAAAUCAUCUAUGGUAUCUAAGUCACAUGGAAUUAAUCAGGAAAGUAUUACAAAUAAUAAGCAAAAAUUGUUGUCGAAUUCCGCCAGUAGUACUAAAUUUAUUAGUAUUAAUGAUCAAAAACUUUUGAAGCAAAAGGAUACAAAUUCUAGAAAGAAAAUGAUUGAGCAUCAUACUAGUAAAGAUAUCGAAGCGGUUAAUGUAGAAAAGGAAUUAGAUGAUACUACAAUAUCUAUGGAGACAGAGAUGAAUUCCACAGAUAGUAACAGCAAAGAUAAAUGUAAGAAAAAUAGAAAAUCUAUUGAGUGUACGGAUAGCGGCGAUGAUGGUAUAGAUAAAGAAAUCACAAAUACUUCGAAGACUGUAAACAGUGAUAAGGAAGAAAUGAAGGAUAAUGCGGGUUUAAACGAGGAAAUAAUUAAGAGUUCGAGAUUUGUAACGUCAAAGGUAUUGGAAGAGAUAACGGAAGUGGAUAACAAGUCGGCGGAUGUAGAGAAAGUAGAGGAGGAGGAACGAGUGACGAUAUACGAUGACGACGGCACUAGUAUCAGUGAUAUAGUAGCAACACAAGCGCUUCAUGAAUCGUUAAGUAAAUUGGGCAAAGUUCCGCCGUUAGAUACUGAGAUGGAAGAAACGCAGAAUACAGAUUUGCGAGACGAGAAAGCAAAGAUGAGACAACAUCCUGAGAAGGAUGUAGUUACUCAGGAGGAAACGGUGGAGGGCUUUAUCGGUCCUUUGCUCGAUGAAAAUUUUAAAGCAGAUGAGAAAUUGUCACAAAAGACAAUGGCGAUGGAGGAGGUGCAAAAUUUAUUAAUGAAAGUGAAAGUGCAAACUGUGGAAGACGACGACGACGAAGAGAAGGCUGUAGGUAUUUCGCCCGACGGAAGAUUCUUGAAAUUUGAAGAAGAAAUCGGUCGUGGCAGUUUUAAGACUGUUUAUCGCGGGUUGGACACCCAAACGGGCGUAGCUGUAGCUUGGUGCGAAUUGCAGGAAAAAAAAUUGAAUAAAACAGAGAGAUUGCGAUUUAGAGAAGAAGCUGAAAUGCUAAAGGGAUUACAACAUCCAAACAUUGUAAGAUUUUAUGACUAUUGGGAAGUUACACUUACCCGUAGAAAAUAUAUUGUACUAGUCACUGAACUUAUGACAUCAGGAACAUUAAAAACGUAUCUGAGAAGAUUUAAAAAAAUUAAUCCGAAAGUAGUAAAAUCUUGGUGUCGGCAAAUCUUAAAGGGUCUCAGCUUCCUUCAUUCUAGAUCACCACCUAUUAUUCACCGUGAUUUAAAGUGUGAUAAUAUUUUUAUCACUGGUACAACAGGAAGUGUAAAAAUUGGUGAUUUAGGUCUCGCGACAUUAAAGAAUCGCAGUUUUGCAAAGAGCGUUAUCGGUACGCCGGAAUUUAUGGCACCUGAAAUGUACGAGGAACAUUACGAUGAGUCGGUUGAUGUUUACGCUUUUGGAAUGUGUAUGCUUGAAAUGGCUACUAGUGAAUACCCAUAUUCUGAGUGUACAGGACCAGCACAAAUAUACAAACGCGUCGUAUCGGGUGUGAAACCACAGAGUUAUGAUAAAGUUGAAAAUCCAGAAGUACGUGAUAUUAUAGAAAUGUGCAUACGUUUGAAGAAAGAAGAACGACCGCUCGUUAAGGACUUACUGAAUCACGAAUUCUUUGCUGAUGAUGUCGGAUUGAAAUUGGAAAUGGUAUCGCGAGAUACAGCGGUUGCGGAUACUGAAUUGUCGCGUGUUGAAUUUAGAUUGCGCGUGUUGGAUCCUAAGAAACGCAGUAACAAGCACAAAGAGAAUGAGGCAAUACAAUUCGAUUUUGAUAUACAGACUGAUAAUGCGGAGGAGGUAGCGUUAGAAAUGGCGAAAUCCAGUCUCAUAUUGGAAGAAGAUGCUAAAGCGGUAGCCAAGAUGUUAAAGUCGCAGAUUACAACUCUGUUGAGAGAAAGAGAAGAACGUAAAGCCAAAGAGGAGAAAGAACGCCUGGAUAGGGAAACUGCUACGGCCACAGAUAUUGCAACUGCUGCAAGUGCUGCUGCAAACUCUGAAAAUUUAUUACAACAACAAUUAUUACUUCAACAAAUGCAAUUACAACAACAACAACAACAGCAACAAAUUCAAUCUAAUAUCGGUUUGCAAAUACAAAAUCAAGUUCCGAUGCAAUUACAACAAACUCAAAUGCCCAUUCAACAGCAGCAACUGCAAUCGACUGCUCAACAAACUCAACAACAUAAUUUACAACCACAGCAGGUUCAGUUGGUCCAACAGCAACCGAUAAUACAACAGCAAACGUCAGUUGUACAACCUCAACAAGCACAGCAAAUGCAAUAUCAGCAACAAAUGCAACAGCAAUAUCAACAACAGCAACCAUAUGCUCAGCAUGUUCCACAGAGUUUGAAUGCAAAUUCUUCACAAUGCUCUACUCCACAAAACGUUCAGGGCCAACCUCAAUUUCCUCAGGUAUCACAACAAAUGCAGCAGCAACAACAGCAGCAGCAAAUACAGCAACAACAACAGCAGCAGCAACAGCAGCAUGUGCAUCAACAACAACAAUAUAUACAAUUGAAUCAAAUGAGUGUUCCACAACAAAUUUCUCAUCAAAUGCAACAACAAAUGCAACCCCAAAUACAAAUGUUGUCACAACAACAACACAUGCAUCAGCAACUUCAAUCGCAACAUGCGCAACAACAGCAGUAUGCGACGCAACCGCAAAUUCAACAUGUUCAACAACUGCAUCAACAUUCUGUUGGUUCACAACCCGUUCAGAAUCAGCAAUAUUAUCAGCAGAAUGCUACCGGCACUGCUUCGGGAUACGUAACGGGCUCUUUAUAUCAACAAACCAUGCCGCAACAAAUAUUUCAUACAUAUACCACAUCUACCAAUCCUUCUGGCCACGUCGAGAUUUUAUCGUCCACCCAAACGGCGACGCAGAUUUAUUCUCACGCCAGUCUACCCGCGGCUGCAAUGCCUGCAGCAUCGUCGCAAUCACAAUAUAUGCAAUCAGCGGGACAGGUUCAGACGUCUAUACCGUCAGGCAUAAACGUCAAUAGUUCGUCAGCUGUGACUCACAUGCCAAAUGUACCGACUUCGACAAUUCCUAAUAUGCAGAAUACAUCUUUACUUGGUAAUACUGGUCAUCAACCCCAGUCUCAAAAUAUCCUCGUACAAAUGCAAUAUUCGCAAAAUACAAAUGUCAUGCCCAAUUCUAUUUCGAUAACGCCUAACGUCGCAAAUGUCUCAGCACCAUCAUCUACGAAUCUGCAGCAACAUCAACUGUUUCUUUCGAGUUCGGAGCAAUGCUCCAAUGCGACCGACAGGUCUUCAUUGGUAAAACAAGACACAAUGGAUUCAAUACAGUCUUUGCCACCAGAUGCACCAAUUAAUCUACAAGAUCAAAUUAUUACAACAGCUGCUCCAGUUGCAACGAAUGUCGCACAGCAAUUUGUAGCGUUAAAUGAUGGAGCUACACCGGAAAAUUCUGAAAGUGUUACCGUUUCUGAGAGAAACCGGGUGAAACGUUCAGGAACUAAGCGUAAAAAGCCAGGCAUUAAACUAACAGUCUUGUCUGUCAGUAGUAAUGAGGGACAAUCGAUGACUGUCGAAUGCCAAUUAGAUACGAGUAAACAAAAAACUGUUACUUUUAAAUUUGAUCGAGACGAUAUGGUACCUACGGAUAUUGCUAAUAAUUUGGUUGCGGAAAAUUUAUUGCCACAAUCGCAAUGUGAGACAUUUGUAGAAUUAAUCGAAGACAUCGUCAAACAAUUACGUUUGGAUCCUACACGUACCCUACCUUUGGUAGCACACGGUCCACCUGAUCAAUCUGCCGGUGGAAGUCCAGUUACAAGUCGGCGUCCUCGGGAUCGCGACCACAGUCUCGAUACAGCUAAGCAGGUGAGACAUGGCUCGCUAACACGUCAAAGCAGCCACCGAUCGUCGUACAAAAUCCACCGUAGACACCGUUCGAGAGACGAAACUUCAAAUACUUCUACGCCAACAAAACUAUUGCCGAUCGAUCAGAUCAUUUCUCAUAUUGCCAAUACUAAUUUGGAGAAGCAGCAAAUUGCUCAAACACCCGAUAGUCAAACAGGCGCUGAAAAUACGUCAGCGGAAGCUUCCAGGAGAUCAUCCACAUCAACACAAAACACCGAUACUUUGACUCCUACGAAUAUACCAAGUGAUCCAACGGAUAACCAAGAAACUAUUGUUUCUGGAAUGUCUGCAGAAACAGUAGUAGAAGCUCAUAAUAUUCAAAAUGACGCUAACAACUCUGCUUUUAAAUCUUAUCAAAGUUCCACGAUACAUGGUCAGAUGCAAAUGCAGCAGGAUACAAAUACAGGUCAUGUAAAGAGUGAUGUAUCAAAAGAAUCUCAAGAACAGCAAGAUGUAGUGGAUGUAAAAGAAUCUGGAACGAUUAAAGAAACAAAUGCAUCUGACAUAGUUGCAGAAAUAUCUACUUUAACGGUACCAACUGCACCAGCACGCAAAGUAUCUCGCUUCUUAGUUAGUCCUGUAAUUGAACAAAAAAAUAUCGCGACCGAAGAGGAAUCUUCUGCCGUCAAUGAAGGCGCAAGUCGUACAUCGCAGUCGAUAAACCAAUCAAUUGCAUCUGCUGCGGAAUCUGUAAUAAAAAAUGAAGAACACGUAGAAGCGAAUGUUUCAGAGAUUCAGAGUAUGAAUGUGCAUGAACAAACUAGCAAUAAUGAGAAUACAAUUGUUCAGGUAGUUCCGUAUAACGUGGAACAAACGGAUAGCGUUCAACAGAUGUCACAGCCGGGACAACAGCUUGGGUUGCAACAAAGUAUUAUCCAAGUACAAACUGUGCAGCAAGUAAGCGGACACAUGCAACAAACCACAACUAUCAAUCAAUCGAAGCAGCAUACUAUAAUUGUACAAGGAGCUACAAUAACAUCGCAACAAACAUCUCAGCAAAUACCUCAAACUAGCGUUCAGCAUUUUGUACCGGUGAAUUCGCAGAAGGAACUGCAGCCUCUCCAGCCACUUCAUACGAACGGAAUAGCUCAAACACAGACACAGUAUCCGAAUCAGACAAUGAUACAAUCUCCUGCUGUGGUAAUGCAACAGCAACCACAGCAACAAAUUCCUCUACAACAGAACGUACUACAACCGCAAGCGGAACAUCAGGGCCAGAUGCAACAAACUCAGCGUGCUCCAUCAGUACAACAAUUCGUCCCGCAGCAAGUACAACCGCCGACGCAGCAAUAUGUUAUAUUAUCGGGACACAUGCAGUCAAUGCAACCGAAUAUCGAUGAUCGAAAUCGUAGGGUAUCGAAUAUAUCUAUCGCAUCCAAUAUGUCUAUGGAUUCCCAAAUUUCAGAAUCUUCCAGUAUACCUGAAGAAAAGAGACAAACUAUUGUAACUGCAACUAAUAUGCCUACAACAGCGCAUAUGCAACAUGUACAAGUUGCUCCACAAGAUAUGUCAAAUGCAAUGCCGGUACAGCAACAAAGUGCUAGUGUAGAAACUGGUCAACAAACGAUUCAAACCACUCAUCAAAAUGUGCAACACAGUGCUGUAGGUACUUCACUUCCGCAAUCUGUGCCGGUACCUCUUCCCGUACAUCCGGUCGUUACGGAUGUUUCUACAUCCAAGGUCGCGAUUAAGACGAAAGAAGUAUCUUCGACACUUCCAGAUCUUGCACAAAAUUUGGCGAACAUACUUUCAAAUCCGAAAUCCAAAUCCGCCACGCCUCAUCCUCUAACCAGCAGUCAUGAAACAACUGCCGUGCCUAAUCCUGCUGUUGUUGCUGCCCCUACAUUAGUCGAUUAUAAACCCGUACAAUCCGAGCAGUAUUUUCAACCUAUACAACCGGAAGUGAGCCAGCUGCAGAUUCAACCGCCCGUUCAACAUAAUUAUCAAGGACAAAUUAUGCAUCAAGGAUAUCAAGGACAACAAAAUUUUCAACAAAUCUUUCCAAAUCAGCAGUUGCUUCAUCAAAAUCAAUCACAACCGACGCUGCAUUCAAUCCCGUUAACAAUCCCGCAACAGAUUGACCUGCAAUCGCAAAUGAUGCAAUCAAAUUUUGUAACAGGACAAUCAGCCGCUCAAGGAAAGUGGUUUAUUUCAACUAAUCAAAUUAAUCCUUCACAACAACAGCAACCGAUAUUGCGACAUAUACAAUCGAAUCAACCGUUCCAAAAUCAAUUCCAAUUGCAACAAAUCCCGAUGCAAUCCCAAAUGCAACAGCAAACUAUGCAAGAUCAGCAUAACGAAUCUUCCAUUGUAUUAGAUCAAUCGCACUUACAUUUAAAGCUUCCGGAACAGCAGCCAACCAAAUUUUUAGAAGUUGAGAAUUUGGAAUCUUCAAAUUUAAAUUGCAUACGGCGUACUAGUUCUGAUUGCCAAUUGCUUACAUCCGAAAAUGAAAAUUCAAGUCAUGACGUGACACCCGAGCAUACUCUUGUUGAAUCCAUUGAUUCUACAUCGAUUUUACAACAACAAUUAUCGCAGCCAUAUCAACAGCAGCUACAACAACAGCAACAGCAGCAACAACAACAGCAGCAGCAGCAGCAGCAUCGCAAACUCAGUCAACAGAAUUCGUUGGACAAAGUAUCGGAUAUAAGCAGUGUCGGAAGCAUCGGAAGCAGUACAGGACCGCAAACUAUAGCAGACUUGCAUCAAAAACUCGUACAAUUGACUAGUCAGCCAUCGGAAGCGUUAAAUGUCGGUACACCGCCUAUAAGUUAUCCUGCUACGCCUCAUAAUCAUCAAAUAGUUGGAGGACACGAUACGUACAUGCAUUCUUUGCAGCAGAAACUGUACAAUAUUGGUAUGCCAGUCUCAUCGACGAAUGCUGCCGCAUGUCCGUUAUCUCCUCAGACAACAAUACAUUCCUCUACUAUUCUCACUGAUACGCAAGUUAAUGAUGCUACCAUUGAAGGCUCUGUUAUAACUCAAGAAAGUUCUGGCACAUUUUCUCAAACUAAUGUGGAAUGUUCUCUUGAUAGUCCAACACCGGGAGUAGCUCCCGCAGCAACCGAAACUAUGAGUCCAAGCAAAGAGAAUGUAAAGAUACGAGCUCAAAGACCAGGAUCCCGUUUGCAGGAAUUAGAGCAGGAAUUGGCAAAGAUUCAUCAUAGAGGUUCGGUUUUUGCGGCAGCUCCCACACAGCCGUUAACACCGCCUAUACAAACGCAGCAACAACUCGCGCAAAAUUUAUUAACGACUGCUCCGCAAGUGUCGACUUGCAUACCUAUUACUACUGUUGCUCCUAAUGUUGUAACACCACGAUCUGGUACUAAUACUCCAAUACAAACAGAACUCCAAGACAGUACUAACGAGAAGAUAAAUCCUGCUCAACCUAUCCGAAAAGUAUCGAGAUUCAUGGUUUCCAAAGUUGCAGGUCCACCUGCUCAUAGUAAUGUUAUUAUUAGUCAACAACAAGCUACUGACAUUGCAAGAACUCAAUUGCAGCAAGUGGAAGAAUUAAAAACUUCAGAACGACAAACUAUUUCUUCUUAUCAGACAGAUGAUCUGCAUGGUGUACCUGUACAAGUACCUCAUAGCCGAGAGAAUUCUGUUCCACCAACUGUACAAGCAGCUCAUGGUACUAAUAUUUUAAAUAUUGAACCUGAAAAAGAAGAAAGAUUUGUGGUUCUUACACCGAGUGAAGAAUAUCAAUUGCUUAUAAAAAGGCAAACUCUGGAAUUGGAAACAUUGCAGAGGAGACAUAGAGAAGAGUUGGAACGUUUCCAACAGCAUCAACUACAAUUGCUUAUUCAACAACAACAACAAGCAAGCGCGCUCCAUCAACAUCAGCAUCAUCCAUUACUUUAUCACACCGUUGCGACAAAUAUUUCUGGAUCUAGAAUUCCAGGAACGGAAGAUUAUUUCAUGUUCAGCACGGCACCGCAGACUCCAUUGCAGAAAGGACCGAACAACUAUCCGGAUACAGAGGAGACUCUACGGUUAGCCAUGCAAAAAUUGAAGCAAGCCCCACUGCAGCUUCAACCACAGCAGCAGGCAUCGGCUGGAAUACCGCAUGCUUAUGUUAUCCCAAUUCCAGUAGUGCCUUCCGAAAAUAUGCAAAGUGUAGUCUCCCAGCAAAGUAAUAACUGUUCAAAUGAUUUAACCGAAGGAAACGAUUCGAUGCAUAGCGCGGCAGUUGGCAAUCCGACGCAAUAUCAAUUUACUCCUAUAUUGUCAGAGGGAGCGAAUAUUCCGUCGACUGGACUCGCGCCUUUAUCGAUAUCUAAUUCGACGGGUGCGACCUAUAUCCAGUAUCACGAAGGCCAACAACCGUUACCGAAUUUCCCAGCCUUCAGCUGUACACCCCACGGUGGUUUCUUCUUGCCAACUGGAUAUCGGCUGAUAUACGCACCACCUACCGGGAUGACUCCAUCUCAACCGGUGACACCCGCUGCGUCUCACGUAGCAAGUUCUUCGCGCGAUGACACGCCUCCAACGGCGGAGCCGCAUUACUCGACCACCGUCGAAAAUUCGACGGUUCCUCCCUUGGAUCAAUAAUGCGAUACUCUGCUCAUACGCUUCUAUAUUUUUUCCGGUCGAUCUGUGCUCAUUCUUAGUUUAAUGCGUUCGAUAUCGUUUAUAGUGCGAGGUUUCGUAUUUUAUCAUCGCGAAUAUAACUCAAAUAUAUAAUUUGCUGUGAAAUAAAUGCACGCUCCUCGCGUUGCUAGACAUUACUACGAAGAUGUGAAGACGGAUUAAAAAAAAUAAGAAAAAAUAAAAAAAAGCGUGAGUGGAAAUAUAUAUAAUGUUUUUCGAUGUGUACGACGUCCUUGCGUAUAUUAAACAAGAUAUCAAAUAUUCUCGCUAUAUAUCUGAGCGUGUGCAUGAUAUUAUUUCGAUAUGUGCCUCGCGGCGGAAAUCAAGCAGAAUUUAGGCGGGAAAAUAUUGCGACAAGGAAGCAGUAUCUAAAAUUUUCCGAACGUAACGCAGGAACUUGAGAUAGAGGCCUCUACAUGUACUGUGCUUUGAGAUGCGUUAAAGAAAAAAGGAAAAAGAAAAGAAAAAUCUUUCUUCACUGACCUCUAAAGGAUUCUAUCGCUCGAUUCCUUUAGUAGCACAGCUCAUUAGUAUAGGCCUCCGCUAGUCUUACGAUCGAAAUGGCAUAUGGCCAUUCUGCUCGCGAUAUAUAUGUAUAACUGUUACUGUAUGCUUGAGUGUGUCCAAAAAAAAAGCGGAUAGAGAUUGAGUGAGUAGUUGAAAGGGAUAAAGAGCAAAAGCGAAUGGAAAGAUAGAAAAUGAAAGGGACAGAGAGAGAAAAAGAGACCGAAUGUACGUAUGUGCGAAUAUAUGCGAAUGUAUCUGUAUGUAUGCAUAUGAUUGUGCAAAUAUGUAUGUCAGAAGUAAUUAGAGACAGAGAGAGAAAUAUGAGUAAUAUAGUCACUGUUAUGCUUUAAUGUAUUUCUAGCGAUUUUGCCUAUUUCAAUUAAAGAAGAAAAGUCAUGUGUUA